AAAGACUGAAGAGAGGGGUAGACUGAGAAAGAGUGAUGGACUGACUAUAUGGUAUAAGAGAAAGUCCAUUGAUUCAUGCAUGGAUUUGUAGUAAUUGGGAAAUAUAUUUUUGAUCAGUCUAAGGUUUUUUUUUUUUUCUUUCUUUUGGUGUAUAGAGAAGUAUAUUUGUGUGUGUUGUGUUGUUGUUUGUUUGGUGCUCUCUCCCUUUGUUUCGUGCUUUGAAAACCUCUCCUUCUCCUUCACGCCGCCUCUCUCCCUGACCUCACCAACAACAGAACCACUCUCACACACUCUCUUUGAAUUCCUUCUUUUAAUUUGAUUUAGAAGAAACCCAGGAAAAAAAAAAGCUACCUCCUUUAUUGGUUUCUAAUUGAUGUACUACUGAAUCGUUUAAGUCCAAGUCCAUGGCUUCUCUGUGACUCUCUGAUGACAGUGAUGUUGAUGAUCAGGAUUUUCUGGGUUUUGGCUCCCUCGGUGAACUGAUUGUAAUUGGGUUCUGUUUUUAUUGAGAACUGUUGACGGGGUCAGAUUUGUUUGUUUGUCUGGUUUCCAGUUAUGGUCGUAAACAUCGAGGAAAUUUGUCUGAUCAUUCACUUCAAUGAUGGGGAGAAUCAGGUUGUGUUGGCUGAUACCUGGAUGAUGCUUUCUGUGGUACACACUGCUCCUGUCUUUCUCUGAAAAGAAAAUUAGAAAGAAAACUCAUUAAGAUUUUGGGUUGUUUGGCACAGAAGACAUCUUGAACAUAUUCUGAUUAGAAGAUGGAAGGUAGGAGAACUGAACUAGAGUUCGACGACAUUGAGAAGCUUCUUUGUGAGAUACCAAAUGCUACUUCUGGGAAUUCACAUUCUGAGGUGUCAGGAGUUAAAAGGGUGUCUUUAAAUGGCAGCUUGGCCUCCAUCUGUAAAAAUUCAUGUGAAGGCUCUUUUACUGAGGAACAACAAAACAAUGAGAGGUUGGACGAGGGAAAGUUACUAGUGAGGAUGACUCGGCAGCCACCCAGCAAGAGGGUUCAACCAGAAGAAACAAAUCUUCCUGAUGACCAAUCCUUGACAUCAGCAUUUACAGACUUGGCCUUGAGUGAAAGGGAAACAAUCACAAGCGUGAGUCCUCAUCUGUCAAAUUGUAAAUCCUCUGCAAAUAACGCCACUUUUCUGGACUGCCAUUUACCGAACAGCUUAGAGAAUUCAAUUUGUAAUAUGAAUUCACUUGUAAUGACUGCUCCGUCUUUCCAAUCACCAAAUACUGUACACCCUGUACUUGAGGAGUUGAAUAUGACAAAGACGGGACAACAGAGUUCAAAUUUGUAUAAUAUUGAAGCCCAAGAAUUCAAGAAGGUGCCCACCAGUUAUUAUCAGCCAGUUGACAAUCUAUCGGCUGUAUUUCAACCAGCUCAUGAGGUGAAAGGUCUUCACCUCUUUCCUAACAUGCCUGUCCCUCAGGUGGAGCCUGCCAUGUUGUCUGAUCAGCAUCAAUAUUUUCCAGACAGGCAAUCUCUGCUUCCUUACUUGCAUUCACAACAGGUAAGCCGGCCACGCUUUAGCUGGAGUAAUGUUGAAGAGGAACCAUAUUAUAAGAUGCAUCAACAAUUCUUGUAUCUUCAGCAGCUUCACAAUCAGCAAUUUGAAGCUCAUCCUGUUCCAGCAAAUCGGAGUGUCCCAAAUAGGCUAUCAAAUAGGAACUUGAGGCAACAACAUUUUGAGGUGCCAAUGACUCACCAAUUCGAACAAUCUCAUCUAGAAUCAUUUUUGAACAAUUACGGAGUUCAAAGGGGUUUAAGCCAAUCUACUCCUCCGGUUUCCUCAUCAGAUUACAAUGCUAUACGUGUUUUUGACAAAGUUGGGAAGCCAAAUUAUCCUGAGAAGAUUCUAACAAGAUCACAUGGAUUGAACACACUUAAAGCUGUAAAUUUUGGAUCAUUUGGAGGACAUGAAUCUCUUAAUCGUGGCCAGCAGAAUGGAACAGUUUUAUCAAACAGUCAUUUUCGCCAUAGUCCAUCCGCUCCAAAUGCUGGAAUGUUUCAUUUAGAUAGUUUGGACUCAUUGAAUUGGUCCCCUGACACUAUAGACCUUAGAAGUACUGAUAUGAAGCCCCAUAUACAGAAAUAUAACUCCGUGGAGGAAAUGUCUUGUAGAAUAUACCAUAUGGCAAAGGAUCAAAGUGGUUGCCGCUUUUUACAGAAAAAGUUUUCAGAGGGCACCCCAGAAGAUGUUGGAAAGAUAUUUCUAGAGAUUGUGGAACACAUUGUUGAGCUCAUGACAGACCCUUUUGGGAAUUACCUAGUCCAGAAACUGCUUGAAGUGUGCGGUGAGGAUCAGCAUAUGAAAAUACUUCAAGCAAUCACUAGAAAAGCUGGUGAUCUGAUCAGGAUUUCUUGUGACAUGCAUGGGACACGGGCUGUUCAGAAGGUGAUUGAGACCCUUACGACUCCAGAGCAAUUCUCUAUGAUAGUUUCCUCGCUGAAGCCUGGUAUAGUGACUUUGAUGAAAAAUAUGAAUGGUAACCAUGUUGCACAUCGCUGCUUGCAGUAUUUGAUGCCCAAGUAUAGUGAGUUCCUUUUUGAAGCUGCAACCACUAAUUGUGUGGAGCUUGCAACUGAUCGCCAUGGCUGUUGUGUUCUCCAAAAAUGCCUAACCUAUUCUGAUGGUGAGCAAAGGCGCCAAUUGGUCUCUGAGAUCGCUUCAAAUGCUCUAAUCCUGUGUCAAGAUCCAUUUGGGAACUAUGUCGUGCAGUUCGUUUUUGAGCUUCGAUUUCCAUGGGCGACUGAGGAUAUUCUUAAUCAGUUGGAUGGAAACUAUGGAGACUUGUCCAUGCAGAAAUAUAGCAGUAAUGUGGUUGAGAAAUGCCUGAAAUAUGCAAGCGAGGAACACCGUGAUCGUAUUAUCCGGGAGCUGAUAAAUACUGCUCACUUGGAUCAAGUCAUGCAGGAUGCUUAUGGAAAUUAUGUUAUUCAAGCAGCACUGCGUCUGUCGAAGGGAGCCCUUCAUUCUGCUUUGGUGGACACCAUUCGACCGCAUGUUCCUGUGCUCAGAACAAGUCCAUAUGGGAAGAAAGUGCUUUCAAGUAACGGUUUGAAGAAAUAAUAUUCUGCAUGGACUUUUUGGUUUAAAUGUUCGACAGUUGCUGUAAAUUUUACCUCCAAUAAGUUGUAAAGGAAACCUCUAUGGCGUGGCUGUUCAAGAUUUUGAGGCAUAGACCUGAAAAAGAUAGUGAGAGAUGGCUUUGACAGCCCUACUGGACCAACGAAGGGCGAAUUUUUUUGUUGUUUUUCCUUAGGGUUAUCCUUGUAGGCAUUUAAGAGCUUAUUUGGUAAUAUGGUUCAAGAUGCAUGUACAUUGGCCAUCUUUCUUUUUUUUUUAAUCUUCUUUUGCAUACAAGUAAAAUAAAUGUGAAGGUAUAGAGAUCCAUGAGUUUAUGGUGAAUUGUAAUGUCCUGUGACCAAAAUCUCAAAGGUUGGGUGGGUUGCUGCAGAAUGGAGAGGCCUUUAGGCUAAUCUGGUUUUCAUCCCAGACAUUGUUGUGUACAUUUUUUUGUUUAUAGAUUGCAGCUCUGCCUAUCUUAUAUAUAGUAACUCUUUCAUA